AUGGCAGAUGAAUUCUUUGUUAGAGGUGAUGAGAGAAGAAAACUGAAGCGUAAGAUGGAGGAAACAUCUUCUCCUGAAGUUGUAGAUUCAGAGUUAUUGCUAUCUAUGAGUCUUGGCAAUAACCAAAUGGUUGGUGAGUCCUCAUCCAUGCCCAUUUGCAAUUCUUUGAAAAAUCCAGUUGAUUCAUCUCCAAAACUAAUAGAAAACCCUAAUCAUCAAUUGAUUGUGCCAAAGCAACGACAAUUCUCAUGCAAGUUUUGCAACAAAAAGUUUCCAAGCUCUCAAGCCUUAGGAGGGCAUCAAAAUGCUCACAGACGUGAAAGAGUUCUCUCAAGGAUAGAUAGAGAGUUUGAUAUGGGAACUUUUGGACUUGGUGUUCAUAUGUACCCUUAUUCAACCAUGGCUCAUCAACACCCUUUUCGUGCUCCGAUACCCUUUUUUUAUGAGACUAACAUGCACCCUAUGACUCAAAUGUCAACCAUGCCAUGGCCAUUUGUACCUAGCUAUGGAAAUCAAGGGCUACACAACACCUCCACUUCAGGGCAACGAUUUGGUAUGGCCAACCUUGGAGGCUUAAAUGUUGAAGCUCCACAAAAUGUAUACCAUAGGGGAUUAGGGUUUGGUUUUGAACAUAACCAAGCUCAUCCGUUUGAUCCAACUAAUGCAGCUACCAUGCCUCGUCCAAGUCUUAGUGGCCUUAUGAGAAAUCAGUAUAAUAUUGGGAACCAACCAUUUUAA